GCAAAAUCGAGUGCAGGUUGGCUUUACUGGCUUUUCCGAAGAGGCGGCUGUCUGUACCCGUGUAGGUUAGGGCCACUGACAUAAAAAAAAAGUUAUGGAACACUUUUAGUAUUCAAGAUGCUGCGCAUGAACCGACUAAUAGCUUACGAGAGAACGCAAAACUUAUUAGUGGGGAACAUUAAAGUAAGCAAGCAGAAACCUGCGUCGUAUCUCAAAAGAAAAAAAAAAAAAACACUUCCCUAGGCGGGGCUCCCUAGUUCCGCACUACCGCAUGAAGCUCAUAUCGAAACUGAUCAAAUCCCAGAAUACAGCUGAGGAGUUGUCUGGAAAAUGGGUCCGCUGCUCAUUCAUUACAGACAGACAGCUCUGUAGAAACACAUCAGGCUCGGAUUUAUCUCAGACAUGAAGAGGAGGCAUUCAGUCAUGAUGGGAACUGCAUGCAGCGACUCUUCACCUUCGCCGAAUCAGAGUUCUAGUGAACCUGUCAUCCCUCUUCAAUUGGACAUAUUGGAGGAAAUCUUCCUAAAUCUGCCCCCCCAACACGUGGUUUGUGUGUGUCGAUUAGUGUGCCGCCAGUGGAAAGAUGUGGCCGACAGCGAGUCUUUUUGGAGAGAAAGAUGUAGAAGAGAGGGAUAUCAACUCCGUGAUCCUUCCAAAGUACCCAGCAACUGGAGGUUGUUUUACUUCUUGUCCAAGAAGAGGAGAAAUCUCAUAAAGAAUCCAAGAGCAGAAGAUGAAUUUCAGGGUUGGAGAAUCCUGAAGAACGGUGGAAAUAAGUGGAAAAUAGAGGGAUCUAUGGUAAAACAUUCAAAUCCAGCAGUCCAGAAAAAUUUUGUCACCUCUUAUGGUUGGUGCACAAAAGAGCAGGUGAUUAAUUUGAUGGAAGAAGGUUACAACCCAUCAUUUAUGGAUGAGUUCCAGCCACACAUCCGGAUAUCUGACUGGUAUGCACCCCGCUGGGAUUGUGGAAGCAUCUAUAAGAUUUGUGUGCAGUUACUAAAUCACAAGCAAGACAUUCUCCAGGAAUUUCGUCCUGAGCCCAUUUCCUUUCCUCAGUGGAAUGAUCAGCAGUGGAAUCAAAUGGAGCAUGUCUUCAAGGACUAUGGACCAGGAGUGAGAUAUGUCCGUUUUAUUCAUGGUGGCAAAGACACAAAGUGGUGGGCUGGAUGGUUUGGCAUUCGUGUAACAGAAAGCUGUGUUGAAGUUUGUCCAGCAUUGGACAACUAGCUCCUUGAUGCAACUAUGUUAGGAAGACCACUUAGAUCUAAAAUCAACCAAGGAUUGCUUUUACUUGUUUGUAGAUUUCUACAUCUGUUACUCUAGAACUAGACACACUGACGUACUGCUGAACUAUGUCAACUUACUUAAUCAAAAUCCAUUCAUCAAUUAAACAGUCCUGCCUCACUUACUAACACAAACAAUGCUAUAUACAUAGUUGGAAUUGCUUCAUGACUCUUUAAAUGUGUGUAUCUUACCCGUUCUUAUCUAUUACAGAGCCACUACCUUUAUUCCUCUUCUAGCCUAAUUUGCACAUUUACCUUUUAGCAAUUAAAAAAAAAAUGCAUUCAUCUGCUGCUACCUACAUGUUCGCUGAAUAUGUAUUCAUGUUGAGAUGCCUCCUAUGUAUGCGGUGUUGUGAAUUAAGAAUAAUCUCAAACUUUAAACUUGAUCACACUGCAUAUUCUGGGUUCCUCAUUUUAUGCAGCUGUCAAAAUUAUGUCCCUUUAAAAAUAAUGUCAUUGCCUAAAAAUUUUCUGCAAUUUGAAUUGAUCGACCCAUUUAUGAAGGAUUUCUCAAGGACAGUCAUUAAAACUUUUCCUCAUGUCCUUGUAAAAAGUGGACCAUAAUAUGGUAAGUUUGUAGACAUAUAUCUCUACAGUGCUAAAUAGUUAUUAUUUUUGAAACAUAUUUUUGUAUUGAAGGACUCAUAAUCACAUAAAUGUUUCUGGCAUAUUGAC